AUGUCUACUCCAGUUUCUCAGCUGGAUACGAAGUUUACAGACACACAGGGUAAACAUGGUGACGGUGGCAAGAACAUGCCGACCAAUACAAACGUCACUCCUAAAGCAACACCACACAUGGAUCCUGACGCGCCGAUAUUUGAUGCGACUCCGCAAAUCAAGUCUACUGGCGGCGUACAACAAGUGGCAGAAACAGACUUGCCUGACAGUGGUGCAUGCUUUGAUCAGACUCCAUCUGAACAUGUUUAUGUUGAAACCGAUCCAGCUACAAACACUCCACAGGUUGGCCAGGCUUCUCUUGAUUCGGAGAUGCAAACUGUGUUAGCUCUACGCGAAUAUUUGUGUGGUCUGCAAUCUGACACCGGCAGGACCAUAAUAGAUUAUGGUGAAUAUUCAGCGACAUGUUCUGACAUAUAUGAAUCUUUUGCCGAUGGGAAGUGUCUCGACAAUGGAUUCAUGCAGUGUUUCAUCCAAUGUGUUAUUCAUGAUGCAAAAAAUCAGCAGACUUCCAUGAGUUCGAACAGUUUGGUUCUUGAUGUUAAUGUUGGGUCAAUACUCAACUUUGAGGAACAGGAACGACACAGUCGCGAUCCUCAACCUUUUGAUGAAUCUGUACUCCACACACUUCUAGACAAUUCAUUGCCUGAGACAGAUGAGUUGGACCAAUGCAAAGCGAUCAUGGUCCCCAUGGUAAGCAGGGGGCAUUGGACAUUGUAUGUUGUCAACAAGGUCAAGAAGUGCAUUCAUAUUUUAGAUUCCAACCCAUAUGGACCAACACUUGGUGGAACUACAUGGAAGGACUAUCAUUUUGCACAUUUGGGCUCAGGUGGCAGAAAGUUACCCUGGGCUAAGGUUAUUAUGAGCAGAUUAAACAAAGCAAUACAACAUGUGCGGCCCAGUUCAUGCUUUCCCAAGUUUGGUAACUUCACAAUUGACUUGUGCCAAAAUUGUCCUAACAUGGUAGCUGGAUCAAAUGACUGUGGGUUUUAUGUCAUGGGUUACAUUCUAUUUUAUCAAUGCGACGAAGGAUCUUUGCGGUCAGACAUAGAAGCAGGCAACACCAGUGAGAUACGGUCUCUUGCGCUGCUGAAAGGGAAUUAG